ACGAAACAAAACUAAAAACUUCCUUUGAUCUUUUUAUCCUCAGCUUCUUCUAACAUUUAUAGUUUCAUGUCUAAUCUGAGACACAUUUUCUGGAUCAUCGUUAUUGUUGUUCAUAAUAUACAGUACACAGAAUGUCACACCAAGGGACUGAGAUCCAAGAGAAGGUCCUCAGGUGGUCGAAAACAAUUAACACCAAAUAUGACACAAACCCAGUACUCAGAACAACAGUUUAUCAAGUGGGUGAAUUUUGUUGGCAGCCUCAAACACUCUGUUUUCAACACAGCCCAGAACAAGCUCUUCCCUUCCUUCACUCUUACUGUUGAUAGAAACCCCGCCACCGGAGAUUUCACGUCCAUUCAAGAUGCUAUUGAUUCUCUUCCUUUUGUUAACCUUGUCAGAGUCUUGAUCAAAGUCCAUGCAGGAGUUUACAAGGAGAAGGUUAUUAUUCCUCCGCUAAAAUCAUACAUAACGAUUGAAGGAGCAGGGGCAGAUAAAACGAUUGUCGAAUGGGGAGAUACAGCUCAAACACUGGGGCCUAAAGGGCAGCCUCUUGGCACAUAUGGCUCUGCUACAUUUGCUGUCAACUCCCUGUAUUUCAUUGCUAAGAACAUUACAUUCAAGAACACUACACCGGUGCCACCACCAGGGGCUGUUGGAAAACAAGCAGUGGCAUUUCGGAUAUCAGCAGAUACAGCAGCUUUUGUUGGUUGUAGAUUCUUGGGGGCACAGGAUACGCUUUAUGAUCAUUUGGGUAGACAUUACUAUAAGGACUGCUAUGUCGAGGGCUCUGUGGAUUUCAUCUUUGGCAAUGGCCUCUCUCUUUUCGAGGGAUGUCACGUACACGCGAUAGCACCAUUUACAGGGGCCUUAACUGCACAAGGAAGAAACAGCCUAUUAGAAGACACAGGCUUCUCAUUUCUGAAGUGUAAGGUGACCGGGGCAGGAGCCCUGUACCUUGGAAGAGCUUGGGGUCCCUUCUCUAGAGUAAUUUUCGCUUACACUUACAUGGACGACAUUAUUGUCCCUAAAGGAUGGUAUAACUGGGGUGAUCCCACUCGAGAAAUGACUGUGUUUUAUGGGCAGUACAAGUGCAGUGGAGCAGGUGCUAAUUUUGCAGGAAGAGUAUCAUGGUCCAGAGAACUUACCGAUCAAGAAGCCAAGCCUUUUAUAUCACUUAGCUUCAUUGAUGGCUCAGAGUGGAUCAAAUUUUGAUUUUGUAAGCCCUGUACAGUAGUUUAGAUUUUCCUUUUUAUAACCCGAUGUUCAGAUAACAAGAAGCUUUAGUUGAUCUCGAUUUAUCAACGAGAGUAAUGAGGUGUCUUACCUCUCAAGUAAUGCAGUAAUCGGUUUACGGCUAAUUCUGUGAAAGAAUUAUGAAAUUGAUAAAUUCCAAAUA